UCUACCUUAGAGAAGUUUCACGAUUUACAUUAAAACAGCAUUUUUUUUUUUAAAUAAGGUAGUGAGAUUUAAGAGCACUACUCUGUAAAAGGGCACUUCACUUACCAUUUUUAGGUGCUAUGAAACGUUAAAUGUCAUUUAAUGCAGCAAAUCAAACACUAGAGCCAACUAACUUACUGUAUGUACAGUAUGUAUGGCUACUUUGACACAGAUACACUAAACCAGCUUUAUCCUUCUUUGGCUAAAUGGAUUACCAGGCUUUUGGCAAGAGCAACACAAGCAAACAGACUGAAGCAGUGGCAGCGCAUAGAUGGAGAAAGACUAGUUCAGAAUAAGUUCAUUACAGCAAAGUUACAGCUAAGGUAGCCUUUAUAUCAGCAUGUUGGUCAGUACCGAAACGCUGGAUUGUUAAUUAAUUUUCUUGAUUUCAUGGAUUCUGAAGAAGAAGGUGAGGUCUUCUCAGAAGAUCGGAACCCUGUGAUUGCAGAGGAGGAAUACGAAGUGGAAGAGGAGGACGACGAGGAGGAUGCCAAGAUUUUCAAUGCCUGGAUGCAACGGUACAGAGGUGGCGAACAGCAGAAGACAACCGAUGAGGAGCAAAACGAGGAGGCCGAAGAAGCAAGAGCCGAAAGCAGAAUCAGCAACGAGUCGGCAGCCCUGCUUCAAACCAAGCGCCGAUCCUCACUGCCUUGUCCGGCGACUCUGUCGACCAUGGAGCUGGCUCGUCUCCACUCUUGCACCCGGACCCCCGUGACCGCCAAGACUCUGCUGCGCCGUUCCUCCUCACGCCGCCUGCUGCCAUCACAACAGGAGGGUGCCGCCUGUCCUCUUGCUGCUGAGCGGAAACCAUCUCCCAUACCCACAAUCCCAGAGGCUGUUACGCCAGGGAGAAAGAGCCAGUUCAGGAGACGCAACGUCAUGUCUUUGAGCGACGCGGACAGCAUGUGUCUGAUCUGCCACAAUGACCUGAAACGAGGAACCGACGGCGUCCGAGAGCUGCAGUGCACACACACCUUCCACCAAGAGUGCAUAGAGGAGUGGCUAUGGAGGAAGCAGUCUUGUCCCACUUGCCACGUCCAAGUGCUCACGCCGCAGCAGGCCGCCUACUGGAGCUCCACCAGGGUGAUCGUGCCCUAAGGACACUCUGGAGCGCCAGCAGGGGGGGUUCAAGGCUGCAGUGGCCUUUACAACUUCAUGCAUCAAGUAACGGGGGACUUGAUCAAGGGCAUAAUCGAGACUUGUGGGCAUUAAAGUCAUUUUAUUUCAAAUUACUGGAUUUAACCCUCCUGAAAAUUUACAAAUGUGUUAAAAAUGUACAAUCUUUCAAGAGAUGACAACUUUGGGUGUUGACGGCGUGUGAUUAGCUGUGUGGCACCAUCAAAUUUGUUGCAAACUACUGUUUGUACAUUUUGUAAAUAAACAAGGUGGGUAUAAGCAAACAUUUUUGUCACAGCGCAGGAUAAAAAGUGGUGAGCACGUCUGUCUCACAGGCCUUCCUCAGAUUUCCCUGUUUGGAGUUUGCUUUUCUCUGGGAACACUCAACUUCCUCGCAUAAUCCAAAAAUUUUAAGUUUUAGGUUGAUUGCAAACUGAAUUAUCCAAAGAUAGCUUGUGAGAAAGGUCAUAAAAGUCACAACCAGAGAAACCUCACUGUGUUGGGAGAUACAUUUUAAUAGUUCAAUGGUAACACAAUCUUUUUUUUUUUUACCUGUGCUUUUUGAUUUUGUAUUUGUAAUUUGGAUUGAAAAUGUCCAGGAUGCCCAUUUUUUUUAAUCAAGUUAUUAUUAUUAUUAUUUUCAUCCCUUGCAGUUGAGAUGCUGCAUUCCUCAUUAAUGUAUCAUGUAAGAUUUGUCGUUUUUUGAGUCUUUUUUUUUUCUUUAAAUACAGUACACACACACACACACACAGGAAACAUGUUUACAACAUUAACUACAUACUGUAAGUACUGGCACAUACUGGAAAAAUUCCAGCAAAGUAGUCAACAUUGGGGCAGGGUAUGAUAUUAACAAUAUUGACAACAUUGUUGGAACAGUUAUCAAGCGCUCAAGCUGUUAAGUAUUGCUAUUUUAUUUUUGCUAACUCUGGAGAACACUCUGCUUUAUCUUUGACAUGAUUAGGCUUGCAUGUGGUCCCUGAACUUUGUGGAUCUUCACUCAACUUAGCUACCAAGUCAUGGGUGGGGAAACUCAGCAUUAAACAAUUAGCUGCACUGUAUUUCGGAACGGGCUCGCAGAUGAUGUUGUGAUCUGCAGUGAAAGCAGGCAGCAGGUGGAGGAACAAUUAAUUACAAUGUGCCGUGCAAAAAGUCAUCUUCUCUUCUUCUUCUUCUGAUUAUUCUGCAGUUUCUUUGCUUUCCAUCUGGCGUCCUCUUUAUCAUCCUCAUCAUCUCUUGCUGCAUGUUGGAAGGUGCACAGCUACUUAUCCCUUAAAUAGCAUUAGUGAGCUAACUUUAGACCACCAUAAUACAAACGUGAUGUGACUCCUCGGAGGCGGGCCUCGAGGAGUAGUUCAACUUGAAUCGAAAUGGACUCAGCGUGCUUCCCACAAUGUUUGAAAUAAGCACACAAAGCAACUGUCUGAUGGUGCCACAGAGAGAAAACA